GGCGCUGCCGCCUGUCUCGCUCUUUCUCCCUCUCGGUCGGCGGCCGCCAUUUUGUUGGUUGUUGUGGGGAACUUUUCCCUCCUCUCUCUCUCUUUUUCUCUCCUCCCUCUCCCGCACCUUAUUUAAAAUAUUUUUAGUUUUUGUUUGGCUUUUUAAUUAUUUACUUUCUGCCGCCGGGCGUUGUUUUUUCGCUGGGAGGGGGGAAAAAAAGAAGGCCUGGAGUUUGCGUGCGACCUCUCUCCCGCUCCGUGUGUGUGUGUGUGUGUGUGUGUGUUUGUGAGGCGCUCCAAUCCCUUGAUCCGUCUCCCUCCACCUUUCCCUUCAGAAAAAAAGGCACCUUUCAGAUCAUAAAUAAGGACAGCUGCCCUCCAUCCAUCCUCCCCAAUAUCCCCCCAUCCGGCAAAGAGCGAGUCUCAAGCCGCCCCUCUCUUCCCCCACUUCCUCCUCCUCAACUCCCCCUUCCCUCCCUCCCUCCUUCUUUCCCUCCUCACCAAACCCCCCCGUCCCUCCUCUCUGUCUCUCGGGGGUUUUGUCCUCUCCUCGUUUUGUGGACACUUUUUCCCUAAAAACCAGUUGGUUGGGCCUCUCUAUAAGAUCAACAUGAAUGCAGAAAGCUACGAGAGCCUCAUGGCUACCAAACUGAUGGCCAGCAAUGUGACCAACAAGAACGACCCACGCUCUCUGAACUCCCGGGUCUUCAUCGGCAAUCUGAACACCGCUGUGGUGAAGAAGACGGACGUGGAGGCCCUCUUUGCCAAGUAUGGCAAGAUUGUGGGCUGUUCAGUACACAAGGGCUACGCCUUUGUCCAGUAUGCCAACGAGAGGACGGCUCGAACGGCUGUGGCAGCUGAAGAUGGCAGGAUUAUCGCAGGGCAGCCACUGGACAUCAACCUGGCUGGGGAGCCCAAACCCAACAGACCCAAGAGUGGCCAGAAGAGAUCUGCUUCCGACAUGUAUGGGUCCACCUCUGACCUGGACUAUGACUACUACAGGACCGACUUCUAUGACAGUGCACCCCCAACCAGGCAGUCGGAAGCAUACGAGAUCCCAUCGCUAACCCGGAUGUACCCCUAUCCCAGCAGGGUGCCUCCCCCCUUGCCCAGGCCUGUGACCAUUGCCAAGCGCCCACGGGUCACAGUCCCCGUUCCAAGGAGAGGCAAGGGGAGCUUCAACAGCAAAUCCGGUCAGAAAUCUGCAUCGUCGGGGAAACCAGCCCGCACCCCGCGCCGCCGACAAGUGAAAGCCAACGACCUGGCCACCAUCAAAAAGGAACUGACGCUGAUCAAAAGCAAGGUGGACUCAUUGCUUGACAGCCUGGAGAAGAUAGAGAAGGAGCAGUCAAGCCAGUCAGAAACCAAGAGCGAGAAGAUGGAGGAGGGGAGCGGAGCUAAGGGCGGCAGUGAGUCGAAGAAGACAGAGAGCGAAGGCACUGGCGAGGAGGGUGAUCUGGAGGAUGAAGAGGAGGAGCAGCUGGAGGACGGCAAGGGCAGGAAGGAACGAGAGGAGGGUGAGGAGGAUGGCGGGGAUGAUGCCAACGGCCAGGACGACCACUAGGCCACUUGCUGUGACCAACGCCUGCGUAAAAUCGAGAAAAAAAGAAGACAACCCCCUUCCCUUUCUCUCCUUCCUUCCUUCCUUCCUCCCUCCCUCCCUUCCAACCUUCCAAAAACCCUCGUUCUCCUUGUUGGGUUCUUGUUUUCUUUUCUAUAAAGCUUUCUGUUGCUGAGACGACAGCCGUUUCAAA